AUGGAGCUGCCGCCGAACCCAGGCCUUGUGGACGUCCAGCGCGAUGCCCUUUACGCCUACGACGCAGAAGCUCACAAAGCCGUUGUCAACGCGCGACCAUGGACUACCGAUUACAAAUACUUCAAAACCGUCCGCAUCUCCUCCGUCGCCAUGAUAAAGAUGGUCAUGCACGCCCGCUCCGGCGGCAAUCUCGAGGUCAUGGGCAUGAUGCAGGGCUACAUUGAGGGUAGCACCAUGGUGAUCACCGACGCCUACCGUUUACCCGUAGAGGGAACAGAAACCCGCGUCAACGCCCAGGACGAAGCGAACGAGUACAUGGUCGAGUACCUCCGUCUCUGCCGUGAGGAGAAUCGCCUCGAGAACGUCAUCGGAUGGUACCACUCACAUCCGGGCUACGGCUGCUGGCUAAGCGGCAUCGAUGUCGGCACCCAGUCCCUGCAGCAGCAGUUCAACGAGCCCUUCGUGGCAGUGGUUAUCGACCCCGACAGGACGGUCAGCCAGAACAAGGUUGAGAUCGGCGCGUUCAGGACGAUUCCAGAAGGCGUUAAGCCUCCCACGGCAACGAAUGCGACGACGGGUGAUGGACAGAGCGUCCCUCUGAACAAAGUGGAGGACUUCGGCGCGCACAGUCAUCGGUACUACGCGCUCGAUGUUGAGCACUUCAAGAGCACGCUCGAUAGUAAGCUGUUGGAGACGUUGUGGAAUAAGUACUGGGUGCAGACGCUUGCCCAGAACCCACUGCUUACCAACAGGGACUACACGAGCAGCCAGAUGGUGGAUUUGGGAUCCCGGGUUUCGAAGGCUUCGAAAACAAUUGAGCUGCUCUCAACGACUGGGCAAAAAGGGCCAAAGAGUGAUGCGGUCGAUCAAAACCUUGAAAAGUUGCUCGGCGAAAUGAAGCAGAUUGCUGCAAAGGAGAGGUCUGGGCUGAUGGCGGCGGAGGCCAAAGGCAAGGUGUUUGGAUGUGGCUGCCGUGGGCAAGCGCAGGGUGCUUAA